CAUGUCGUAAUUUUUAUAUUAACUAAUAGUGUAAUUAACUAAAAAACAAAGUACAACCAUGGCGCAAAGCAGACUUGAGAAGAUCGGGACUAUCUUUACCAGAGUUCAGGGUCUGCUGCGUGGGGGUGCCAUGAAAACAGAGGACAAGCCCAUCUGGUAUGACGUCUAUGCAGCUUUUCCACCCAAGGCGGAGCCCCGAUUCGACAGGCCAGCUCCCGAGAUGCCGGUACGCAGCAUAUUCUAUGCUGAGGAUGUUGUCAGAGCGAAACUGCACAAGCAGAACAGGCCCAAUGAAACGAUUUCCCUGUUUGAUAAUAAAAGGAGCACACAGUCGCAGCAGUUUUUGCAGAUCUACGACAAUCUAAAGUCACAGGGAGCCCUGGAUGAGCAGAGAAUAUACGAGACGGCAUUGGACUUGUUGGCGGAGCAAAGGCAGCAAUCGCGUUUGGACGCCACACCGGAGGAACCUGCUGGCGCAGCCCCCGAACAAGACGUAGAGACAAAGAGCCAGCUAAUGAGCGACUUCAUAGAGGCUGGUGGGCAGCAAGCCAAGUCCUCAGGCUCUCAGUACAAAGAAAGGAAAAAGGAAAGCCCAGUGGGCAUUAACAUUGACAGCUUGUUCAAGGAUUAAUCGAAAUUUGUUUAUAAACUUAAAA